AGCUUAAAUUAUGUUUAUAUAAAUAAAUCCUAUUCUUAUAUUUUCCUUUUCUCUCUCUCUCUCUCUCUCUCUUUUGGUGGUGUGAGUACUGAAAAUUACUUAGAAUAUAGGUGCUAACAAAAUGUGUGAACCAUGUUGAAACAAUUUUAGGACUUUUGUAAUUGUAGUUAAUUAAUGGCAGUCUGUUGGGAAACAGAUGAGCACACUUUUUUUAAUACUUCAGGAAUAUAUAUCUUAAAAAGUCAUGGAUGAGCACAUGGUGUUUGUAUUGUAGACCUGAGGAACUGAGAAGCUUGUUUGGAAAAUAUGGUCCUGUCACUGAUGUUUACAUUCCACAAGAUUAUUAUACUCGGAGGGCCAGAGGUUUUGCUUAUGUACAGUUUGAAGAUCCACGUGAUGCAGAUGAUGCACUUUACCAUCUGGACAGGACACGCUUUUAUGGCCGAGAAUUGGAAAUUGAGUUUGCUAGAGGUGACCGAAAGACUCCAACACAGAUGAGAGGCAAGGAAGGUGGUGGAAGACGACCAUCGUACCGAGGUUAUGAUGAUGGUAGAGAUCGAGGUCGCAGGCGAUCACGAUCUUACAGUCGGUCGAGGUCCCGCGACAGGUCUGUGGGAGGUAGAAGCCGCAGUCGAACACCAAAUUGAAAGAGUACUUCGUUGUUUUACCAUGAGGACAUAGUUAUUGACAGUGUUGUGGACGUUGGUGCAUGUACAGUCACUGUGCCACACCAUGAACAUGAACAAGUUUUACCCAGAACAGCAGACCCACAGUUAAACAAGGGACAUAUGUUCGUGAAUCAUUUUAUUAUUAUAACAAUAAAAAUCAUGUUUUUUUUUCCCCUUUGUGCAAUUUCAUUGUUUUAAAGAUUCAAAAUCUUGCUUUUUGUUGUUAAAAAGUGCACAAUGAUGCAGUGUGUGUUAACAGCCAUUCAGCAGGGCUUCUUGAUUAUGGUAGCCCCACUCCCAUGGCUAGUGAUAUUCAGUGUUGGGCUAGUAAAUAAUUACUAUAACUAGCCCGACGGCUAGUGAAAAAAAACAGCCUUGUCAAAUGCAGCAUUUACAUAUUUUGUAAAUGAAUAUCCUGCCCCAUCUUUCCACCCCAAUUUUUAAGCUCAAUCUUUAGGUGACGUGUCUAAUUAUUACUAUUAGUAAAAUGUUAUUUAUUUAAAGUAGGGCUAGUUAAUAUUUAACCAUUGCUAGUACAUUUUUAAAAUCACUGAUCCCAUGGCUAGUGGAUUUUUAUAAAAUUCUAGAAGCCCUGCAUUCAGGGUUUCUGCCAGAGGGUAAAAUGGGCAUGGCACUAUACCCAAAUUUUUGUGCAGAUCUAUAUAUAUUUUUUUUAAGUUAACAUUAACCAUGUUGACACUGAUUGCAUUCAGUUCCAUAAUGCCAUAUCCAAAAAUUUCUUUCUGGCAGAAACACUGCCAUUGAGCCGUACCCUAGAUUUAACAAAUCCAACAGGAAAAGUAACACCAAUAAUGAAAAGUCUUUUCUUUUAUUUGUGGCAUAUGCUAUGGAACAGAGCAGCUAUGGUCGAUGAUGGUCACUUUUUGCACCCUUGUUUUGGCAAUAAUUAUAAUCAUAAUUUUACUGCAAAUCAAUAUUUUACAAAUAGUAUUAAUAUUUUUAUUACACUGUUUUCUUCAAACAGCCUAGUGCAUUAAUAAUUUCAAUAACAGUUUUGCAUUGGAAUUUCGGCAUUCUAAAAACUGGGAUAGUCAUGUACCCAGUUUAUUGUUAUUGUAAGAAGAUGCAACGCAUAUGCGUAUAGGCUCCUUAUUUUUGUAGGCUGGCUUUUGCCCAAUUCUGCAUAACAUUUAUUCAUAUUGGCAUUACUACCAAACAGUUAUAUAGGGUUGCAAACGAAUCAUUAUGCAUUUUUACAUGGAUUACAACUAAUUUUGAGUGUAGAAUGAUGGAAAUAUAAUUUAAAAAGAUCUCGGGUUAGCACGUUUUUCUGGAAUAUCUGUAUAAUCGGUUUUGCUCCAGCACUAGGGGUCCAGUUACCCCUGUCUUGUACACUUAUGAUGCAAGGUGACGUCAUUGGAAUAUUGAUGUCAUUCAAAUUGAAAAUUAGCUGUAUUAUUACAAUGCUUUGUCACAUUGUACUUCUUGACCCCUGUCAAAAUUAAAUGGACAACACUUUAAAGGUCAGUAAAAAAAUAAAUUCAUAAUUUUAGGCAAAAUAUUACGGUAAAUUUUAAAAGAUGAAAAAAUUAAAUACAUGGUACCAUCUGUCAAAUAUAUCGUAUUAAAAAGUAAAUUGCUGUUGGAUGUGUAAAAACUAUGCGUGUAUGAAGCCAAGACGGGGGUGUAGAGGUUGACCUUGGUGGUAUUGGUUACAUUAUUCAUCACUGCAGGUUCCAUUAGUAACAACAUUACAGGCAUCAGAUUACCAAAUAGCAUUUCAUUUCUAUUGAUUACAAACAGAACGCACAUCAUUUAAUUCAAUCAUGAUUGCAGGUCUGCAAUUGUCAAAUGUUUUAUGUGGUGAAUAAAAGCAUAUACAUUGUA